UAUAUCUCAAUACCUAAAACAAGAACUACAACGGCGCUUUUAAAUCCACAUUUAACAAUCACAAAAUCAUAAAAAUUCGCCAAAAUGCCAUACGAAUCCAUGCACCACCACCAUCAGUCACCAGCGCCCAACGGCAUGUUGGAUUCGUUGAGUUUGCAGCUGCGAGAUGCGGAAAUGCGUCGCACCGAAAUUGAGCGCGCACACCAGGAAACAUUGGCACAAAUACGCAAUUUGUCGAGCAACAGUCGCCCGGACACGGAAGCUGUUGAAAAUCUGCAGUCGCGCGCACGUGAACUCGAGAAAAAGGUCGCUUUAGAAAACGUGCGCUGCGAGGAAUUGCAAAUUGAAUUGACUUCCGCGCUGAAGGCGAAAGCGGGGCGUUCUAGUGGCAGCGAUCGCAGCAACUAUGGCGGCAUAAGCGCUUCAAGUGCGAGUGCUUCUUCAGCUGCCGCCACAUCAGGUACCAGUUCUACUGUCACAUGGGCACCGACAAUCAGUCAUCAGGACCAGGGUUCUGAAAUCGAUAUCAUUAUGGCGAAAAUCGAACAGGAUAAUCGCGUGUUGGCCGAAUUGGAGCAGCCACGCACAUCGGCCAUGGGCAUGUCAUCGAUGCCGACAAGUUCGAUACUGAAUACCACAAAUAGUGAAUUUAAAACCAUAUCAAAAAAUGAACUAGAAGAAGAACUGAAUCGUUAUAAACGAGCAGUGUUGGGCGGCACAAGCGGCACCGCUGUCGGUAGUUCGGCGCUCACCAGCAGCUAUGGUACCGCGGUCACCACCGGUACUAGUGGUUUACCAUCAUCGCUUACCUCCACAUUGCCGAAUGGCGCUGGCGCCAUGUCAGCUGCUCUGGCUGGUGGUGGAGGUAGUAGCGGUCUUGGUGGGGGUGGUGGCAGCAGUGUCGGCAGUGGUGGUGGUAGUGGCGGCGGUGGUGGCAUGGGCCUCUCAUCCAUAUCAGCGCUGGUGCCCAACUCCAUUGGCGGCAUCUCGUCGAGUUUGAGCAGUCAUGCUAUACAAUCGAUGAACGCGGCGGCGUCCGCCUAUGGCGCUGGUCCCACGUCCGUUGAGAAACUGCUAAGCGGAACAAGUGGAAUCGCUGGCGGCAUUCCACCAUUGCCGGUAAAUAUUCAUACGAUGAAGUCUAUGCCAUCAGCAUUAAGUCAGCGUGGCACAAUACAACUGUACAAUUUACAGAGCACAACCAUGCCCAUCUUGUCGUUGAACGCGCAUAACAUACCGACUGGCACCAGCAGCUAUUCGGCAUUGGGGCUAAGCGGUGCCAGUGCCGGCGGAGUACCACCGCUCGGUUCAUCGCUGACGCACCCCACCUUGGGCAAUAUGCUCGAUACAAGCACUUUACUGGGCACUACUGGCUUGUCGGGGCUGAGCGGCGUGACGGGUGUUUCUUCGCUGUACGGCUUGGGCAGCAGUGUUGGUAUCGGCGGCCUAAGUGGUCUCUCAACUGGACUGCCCAAUUCUUAUCCCCCACCGUUCAUAGAUGUGGGCUCGAGCGCCUCAUAUCCCUACUCAUCGGCUGCACUGCGUACCGCUACGAAGAUGAAAAUGCUCGACGAGAUCGAUAUACCGUUGACGCGUUACGGGAAUCGUAGCUCACCAUGUUCGCCGAUACCGCCUAGCACGUGGGGCUUGGAUGAAUUCACGGACAGCUUGAGUGCGUCUAUGCUGCACAAUCGUGGCAAUUUGGCGCUGGGCGCUUUGGAUUUGGAAACCCGAAAUCACAAUUUGAAUGGCGUGAGUGAACCACAGGUGGACAUGUUGGACAUACCGGGCAAGGGACGAUGCUGCGUCUUCAUCGCACGCUUUCCAUACGAUCCACCAGAGGAAGCCGAAGGCGAAUUAUCGCUUUGCGCAGGCGAUUAUUUACUCGUUUGGACUAGCGGUGAACCACAAGGGGGCUACUUGGAUGCGGAAUUGUUGGAUGGCAGGCGAGGUUUGGUGCCAGCCUCCUUUGUGCAACGUCUGAUUGGUGACGAUCUUCUGGAAUUCCAUCAGGCAGUAUUAUCAACACUACGCGAUGCAGAGGAUGGUUCUAUGCAGUGUGAUACUACAUCGUUGCCAUCGCUGCCGCCACACAACCCUUUGCUCACACACACCCAGGAGGAUUUAGCACGUUUGAGUGAGACGCACACUGAUUUGGAGCACGAUCAGGAUGAUAUCAGUGAUAAUGUUCCAGCACCCAAGCACUUGACGCUCGAACGGCAACUGAACAAAAGUGUGCUCAUUGGUUGGUCGCCACCUGAACCGGUCGGUUACAAUCUCAUCGACAGCUAUCAUGUUUAUGUGGAUGGAGUACUGAAAGUAACGGUAAAGGCUAACGAGCGCACACGAGCGCUCAUCGAAGGCGUAGACUCGAAUCGGCCCCAUCGUAUAAGCGUUCGGAGUGUUACACAAAAUCGACAGACAUCACGCGAUGCCGCCUGCACUAUGAUAAUUGGACGCGAUACCUCGCAUCUGGGUCCAUCAGCGGUGCGUGCAUCACAUAUAACGUGUUCAUCGGCAGUCAUUUCGUGGCUGCCGGCCAACUCUAAUCAUCAACAUGUGGUGUGCGUGAAUAAUGUGGAGGUACGCACAGUGAAGCCGGGCGUCUAUCGGCACACCAUCACCGGGCUGGCCCCGAGCACACAGUAUCGGGUCACUGUACGCGCUAAGCAUUUACGUGCACCGGGUGGUCAACCCACGCCGGGACGUCCACAGGAGGAAGCACCGGGUGCGUAUGCCGACUUCCGCACGUUGACCAAGGGUCUGCCCGAUCCGCCACAGGAUAUCCAACUUGAGGCUGGUCCUCAAGAUGGUACCAUUCUGGUGACAUGGCAGCCGGUUAACCGGCCAACUUCUUCUGGCCCCGUAACCGGCUAUGCUGUGUACGCCGAUGGUAAAAAAGUUACAGACAUUAAUUCACCAACUGGGGAUCAUGCGCUCAUCGAUAUCGGCAAAUUGGGCGUGUUCAAUCCACGUGCGGUCACCAUACGCACCAAAUCGCGAGACGCACAAUCGGCUGACAGUGCACCAAUACUAAUACCAAACACUGUGAGAAGCGCCGUCGGCCGUCGAGGACCUCAACAGAUGGGGAUGGGGCCACAACAAAUGCAACCUGGCAUGCCCGGCAUGCCCGGCCAAAUGGGUAUGCCCGGCCAACCGCAUCAGCAACAGCAGCAGCACAUGAUGGGCCAGGAUCCGCAUCAAUAUGAUCCGAGUCAGCAAAUGCAACCGGGACAACAGCAACAGCAACCGGGGCAGCAGCAGCCGGGCCAGCCCGGACAACAGCCAGACGGAAGCCAUGGCUUAUUAGGUGGGCUGCUCGGUGGCCUCUUCUCAAAACCCACUACUCAGAGUCAAGUGAAUCAGAAUGUCAAUGGUUACCAGCCGGGCACAGGGCAACGUCCCAUGAUGCAGGGCCGACCCCCCGGUCCACAAAUGAUGGGCGCGCAACAGCCAGGCCAGCAACCGUACGGACCACAAGGUCAAAUGGGGGUACAACGUUUCCCUGGCCAACGAGGGCCUGCACCCGGUUCAUUGCAGGGGCAAAUGCAAGGCCAAUUGCCCGGCCAAAUGCAGGGUCAGAUGCAGGGACAAAUGCCUGGUCAGAUGCCUGGUCAAAUGCCCGGUCAGAUGCAGGGCCAAAUAGGCGCUCAAAUGGCCGGACAAAUGCAGGGCCAAAUGCAAGGUGCUAUGGGUCCACGUGGCCCUCUCAAUCCACAACAACAAAUGCAACAACAACAACAGCAACAGCAGCAACACCAGGCACAAAUGAGCAUGGGUCCUGGGCAACAGCCAUUGACACAACAACAACAGCAACAACAACAAUUGGCGGCACAAAAGAAACCACGCUAUUUCGUUGCUAUGUUCGACUAUGAUCCAAGCACAAUGAGUCCCAAUCCAGAUGGAUGCGACGAAGAACUGCCAUUCCAAGAAGGUGAUACAAUUAAGGUUUAUGGCGACAAGGACUCCGAUGGCUUUUACUGGGGUGAAUUACGCGGUCGUCGUGGUUACGUGCCUCACAAUAUGGUAACCGAAGUGGAUGAUGGCACCGGCGGUAUGGGUCCGAUGCCCGGUGGUCCACCACAACCAGGUGGUCCGGGUCAAGUGAUGCCCGGCCAGGGUGGUCCCCAGCAGAGUAUGCGCAACGUAAGUCGUGAUCGUUGGGGCGAUAUCUAUGCCAAUAUGCCGGUGAAACGUAUGGUCGCACUAUAUGAUUAUGAUCCGCAAGAGUUGAGUCCGAAUGUGGACGCCGAGCAGGUGGAAUUGAGCUUCAAAACGGGUGAGAUAAUACUCGUUUAUGGUGAUAUGGAUGAAGAUGGUUUCUAUAUGGGUGAAUUGGAUGGUAUACGUGGUCUCGUACCGUCGAAUUUCCUCGCCGAUGCACCCGAUCAGUACAACAACCAAAUGGGACCGGCGGGACGUGGUGGCGCAAGUCAACGGGGUAGAGGCCAAGGCCCCGGUGCUCGAGGGCCACCUCCGCCGCCCAGAGAUAAUAUGAUGCCCGGCAUGGCCGGGCAACGUGGUCCACCUGGCAAAAAUGCUCGCCCUGCUUCCCCUACACUGUUAGACAACACGGGCCUCCCUGCCCCCGAUCACCAAACGCAGGGGAUGAUCGGUCGCGGUGGUAAUGUUGGUAUGCAACAGCAACUUCAACAACAACCAUAUGGUCAGCAACAGGCGCAACAGCAACAACAACAACAACAACAGCAGCAGCAACAAAUGGGCAUGGGUCAAACGGGGCAGCAACAGCAGGGUAUAAUGGGUCAACAACAGCCGAUGGGAGGACAGAUGGGCCAAAUGGGUGCCAUGGGCCAGAUGGGGCAAAUGACGCCACAACAACAACAGCAACAGCAGCAACAACAACAACAGCAGCAGCAGCAACAGCAAAUGGGCAUGGCCGGACAGAUGGGACAAAUGGGCCAAAUGGGUGGCAUGGGUGCCAUGGGCCAACAACAGCAGCAGCCUGGCAUGAUGGGCGGUCAACAGCAAAUGGGCAUGAUGGGCGGCCCGAUGGGUGGUAUGGCGGGGCAGCAGCAGCAACAACAGCCGCCCGUAACGACGCAGUCCUCUGGUGGUUUAUUCUCUGGAGCGACAAGCCUACUCUCAGGUGCUACUUCGGCUGCCACCGGUGGUCUAUUUGGUUCGAAACAACCACCGAAACAAGAUCCAAUGCAACCACCAGUCGGUGUGCAGCCAACGCAGCCAGGCCAACAGCAGCCACCGCCGCAAGGGCAACAGCCACCGCCACAGGGUCAGGGACCCGGGGCGGGGCUGUUGGGCGGACUGAAGGGUAUUGCAGCGGCGGCGCCGGGCGGCGAUGUACUGUCAAAAGGCAAAGAUCUCUUCGGCAAAUUCGGAUUCGGCUUCGGCAAAUAACCCCGGUCAUUUUGUAGGGCAUUUCUAUUUAUAUUGUAUUUAAAUUUGUAUUUAUUACUAACUAAAAGGCAAAAAAAAAUACAAAAACAACAACUAUUAUUAAUGCUAAAAAAUCACAAUAAUAGUAAAUAUUAUAAAUAUAAAAAAUAUGAUUAUU